CGACAAUUAAUUACUAAAUUUUAUGAAAUUUCUAGCGUUUUACGAAACAUAAUAAUUAUUUACAUGGAAUGUCGACUUCAUUUUUGCAUGAAAUGCGACAGUUAAUUACUUAAUUUCAUUACAUUUAUUGUGCUAGCGUUUUAUUUUUAUGCAAAAAAGACGCCAAUUCGCUGAUUCGUCAUAAGAAAUGAUAUGACGUAAAAUAUUAAUUAUUAUGUGUAAAUAUGAUUUUGAUGCUGCUAAAAACAUAUUAAAAACAAUUUCUUUUAAAACAAUUGUACCACUUUAAUCAAAUUCAAUUAUUUUGUCAUCGAAAAACCAGACAUGGAAAUUUCUGGAAAUUUCGCCAAAUUGUCUCGUUGGCGUAACUACGACAAAUACGAAACGAGUAAAAAACUACUUCGAGGUCAGAAAAUUGUACAAUUUCAAAAAACAACCAGAAAAAUUUCCAGCCCCCCAGCAGCACAACGAACUUCUCAACUUCUACUUCUCAAAUCAAAGCUGGGAAACUAUUCGACAUGGCACCCAACCAAAACGACGACGACUUGGAGCGACCUGGUCUAAACCGCGCCUGCAAGUGUCCCCCCACCGGCGGACGUGGUGGCGGCGGCGGUGGUGGUGGUAAGAAGAAGGUCGGCAAGAAAAUCAAACGAAAGGUCAUCACGGGUCGGCGCCACGGGAAGAAAGCGGGUGCUGGAAAGCGCCCGAAAUCCGGAGGCAAAGCGGCCGGUGGGAAGAAGAAGAAGACCGGUUCCUCCUCCAAAGUGAAGAAAGCCAAAGCCGUCGCGAUCGCACUUUGGCGCAAGAAAGGCAACGGAAACCAUUCCGCGAACUGCUUCAUCCUGUACUUCCUCGACACUUGGAGGAAACAAGGCGGAAACGUCUUCCAUGUUGCGAAACAGUGCGGCCACGACUGGUGGAAGCUUCCCGACAGCGUCAAGGAGAAGUACCGCAGAGCCUACUGCGCCGUUCAAAAGAAUUCCAAAGUUUGUGGUGGAAAAGGGGGAGGAAAAACUGGAGGAGGAAAAGGCGUGAAAACCGGAGGAGGAAAAACCGGAGGAGGAAAAACUGGAGGGGGAAAAGGCGGAAAAACUGGAGGGGGAAAAGGCGGAAAAACUGGAGGGGGAAAAGGCGGAAAAACUGGAGGGGGAAAAGGCGGAAAAACUGGAGGGGGAAAAGGCGGAAAAACUGGAGGGGGAAAAGGCGGAAAAACUGGAGGGGGAAAAGGCGGAAAAACUGGAGGGGGAAAAGGCGGAAAAACCGGAGGGGGGAAAGACAGGAAAACCGGAAAAGACCGAAAAACCGGAAAAGACCGAAAAAUCGGAGGGGGAAAAGGUGGAAAAGGAAAGACCGGACCCCCAAAGCCGAAGCCAGACCCAAUUCGACCUCCAAAACCAACGACCGGACCAAAACCACCACCACCACCACCGACAUGUUAA